AUGUCGAACCUUAUGAAAUUAGCGUUCACGGCUCUUGACAUCACCGAAAAGAAUUACCUUUUAUGGAUUCUAGAUGCUGAAAUUCAUCUUGCCGCUAAUGGUCUUGAAAAUACCAUCAAAGAUGAAAACACUACGUCCGACCAAGAUAAUGCCAAAUCAAUGAUUUUCACGAAGAUUACUUCUCAACUCAAAUUAUGUGGAGAAAUUAUUACUAACAGAGACAUGUUAGAGAAAACAUUCUCCACAUUUCAUGCAUCGAAUGUGCUCCUACUGCAAGGACGACAUCAUAGUCGUGGUCGUGGUCAUGGUCAUUUUUCAGGUCGUGCCCGCGGAAAUGGUCAAGGACGUGGUGGUGGUGGUCGACACAAUAUCCGCAACGAUGAUAAAAAGGAUCAAAUUAAUAAGACCGUGGAAAACAAAUGCUAUCGUUGCGGCAUGAAAGGUCAUUGGUCACGUAUCUGUCGUACGCCGAAGCAUUUUAUCAAUCUUUAUCAAGCAUCGCUAAAAGGAAAAGGGACCAUCGAGUCCAACUCGACUUCAACUCCCGACGAUGAUAAAAUAGCUUUUGGACUCGAUGACUUUUUCGGGUUUGACAUCGUCGAUUUUCUUUUUCGAGCGUGA